AUGGAUGCUGAUGCAAGGAAAAUUGGACCAGGAACAGAAGGCAGCCAAGGGCAGUUUCCACUCACACAGAACGUAACAGUUGUUGAAGGCGGAACUGCAAUUUUGACCUGCAGAGUUGAUCAAAAUGAUAACACCUCCCUCCAGUGGUCAAAUCCAGCUCAACAGACUCUGUACUUUGAUGACAAGAAAGCCUUAAGGGACAAUAGGAUCGAGCUGGUUCGGGCUUCCUGGCAUGAACUGAGUAUCAGCGUCAGUGAUGUCUCUCUCUCGGAUGAAGGACAGUACACCUGUUCUUUAUUUACAAUGCCUGUCAAAACAUCCAAGGCCUAUCUCACUGUUCUGGGUGUUCCUGAGAAGCCUCAAAUUAGCGGAUUUUCAUCCCCAGUUAUGGAGGGAGACUUGAUGCAGCUGACUUGUAAAACAUCUGGUAGUAAACCUGCAGCUGAUAUAAGAUGGUUCAAAAAUGACAAAGAGAUUAAAGAUGUAAAAUAUUUAAAGGAAGAGGAUGCAAAUCGCAAGACUUUCACGGUCAGCAGCACACUGGACUUCCGAGUGGAUCGAAGUGACGAUGGCGUGGCGGUCAUCUGCAGAGUAGACCAUGAAUCUCUCAAUGCCACCCCUCAGGUGGCCAUGCAGGUGCUAGAAAUACACUAUACACCAUCAGUUAAGAUUAUACCAUCCACUCCUUUUCCACAAGAAGGACAGCCUUUAAUUUUGACUUGUGAAUCCAAAGGAAAACCACUGCCAGAACCUGUUUUGUGGACAAAGGAUGGUGGAGAAUUACCGGAUCCUGACCGAAUGGUUGUGAGUGGUAGGGAGCUAAACAUUCUUUUCCUCAACAAAACGGAUAAUGGUACAUAUCGAUGUGAAGCCACAAAUACCAUUGGCCAAAGCAGCGCAGAGUAUGUUCUCAUUGUACAUGAUCCCAAUGCUCUGGCUGGCCAGACUGGCCCUGAUCAUGCUCUUAUAGGAGGAAUUGUGGCUGUAGUUGUAUUUGUCACUCUGUGUUCUAUAUUUUUGCUUGGACGGUAUCUGGCAAGACAUAAAGGAACAUAUUUAACAAAUGAAGCUAAAGGAGCUGAAGAUGCACCAGAUGCUGACACAGCCAUUAUCAAUGCUGAGGGCAGCCAAGUCAAUGCUGAAGAGAAAAAAGAAUAUUUCAUUUAAGAUGCAGGCCAAGAUUCUGAAUUUUACUUACCAGGCUGGCUGCUGGAGAAAACUGGCUAUCAUCUUUCAGAGUUCAUUUCUACCAUCUCCUGCUACCUUUAUUAACUUCCAUACAGUACUGCUACCAGUAGCCAGUGUAUACCAACAAUCAGCUGUUGAAAGCAUCAUUCUUUAAUUACUGUACCAUCCAUAAUGCAGGACAUUUCUUACUGCCUAAAUUCCACACCAUUGCUCUUUUAACAUACAGUGCUUGAAUAUACAGCCUUAACAAUGUUAAUCAUCUCCUUGGAUCAUGAUAUUGAAUUGUUUUUAUACAUUGAAAACAAA